GUCGUAAAGUAAGUAUUUAAUUUAAAUAUAAUUAUUUAAUAAAUGACAAUGUGAAACAUCUGUUUUGAAAUGACAAGAUCAUGAUGAGAGUGGGAGACACUGCAAUGAAUGACGAGGUAUGACGACGUGGAGAAUGAAUUGUUUUCAAUUUUCGUUCUACAAAUAGCCGGGUCUUAACCGUAAACAAUAGAAUUUUGAGUAAUAUUUCAAGUAUUUUAAUAAACAACUUUGGAUAUUUAAUUGAGAAAACAUGAAUUAUAGUUCAAGUGCCCGAAGAGGUAAACCUAAAAGGUUAGUGGAUCCCUCUAAUGUUUUCAUUCCACAAAACACGUACAUGCCAAAACAACAGGUUCCAACAAUUAAUGGUAUGGUUCCUGAGUAUGGCUUUAAUGUACCAGAACAACAGCCACCAUCAUAUGGCUUUAAUACGGCACCAAUGCAAAAUUCACCAUAUCUUCCUAACGAAGGCCAUGGAGAGCAAUAUUUAUCACCAGAAUUUGCAACACAGAUAUUGGCACAGCCAGUAGUUACAAACAUGGCUGUACAAUAUGGAAGUGCUUUAGUUGGAACGGGCAAACAACAAUUUGAAAGAUUUGUGCCAGUUACAGCUCUUAAAUAUUAUUUUGCGGUUGAUACAAAUUAUGUUUUUACAAAAUUAGCUUUGUUAUUUUUUCCAUUUGUCCAUAAAGACUGGUCUGUGAAGUACGAACAAGAUGUACCAUUGCAACCACGUUAUGAGAAAAAUGCACCAGACAUGUAUAUUCCAACAAUGGCGUUUUUAACAUACAUAGUUAUGGCUGGAUUAGUUUUAGGGACUCAGGAACGUUUUAGUCCAGAACAGUUAGGUAUAUUGGCUAGUUCUGCUCUUGCGUGGGGAAUCAUAGAAUUACUAGUGCACACAGUGAGUCACUACAUAAUGAGUCUUGAUACAAGUCUUUCAACAUUAGAUUUAUUGGCUUACUGCGGUUAUAAGUAUGUCGGUAUUAAUGCAGCUCUUCUGGUUUCGCUAUUGUUCCGAAAAUUUGGUUAUUACGUGAUACUGCUGUACUUCAGUGCAUCUUUAGCAUUUUUCCUUAUGCGAUCGUUAAAGUUAAGGGUUAUUCCACAGAAUCAUGGCUCGUAUACCGCUUCUGAUAACAAAAGGAGACUCUAUUUUAUACUAUUUGUAGCGGGCAUUCAGCCUAUAUUAAUGUGGUGGUUAUCGUAUCACUUACUUUAAUCAACGAUCAAUGUAAAGCGAUUGGAAAAAAAUGUUACAAUAAAACGAAAUGUGUAUAUUUA